AUGUAUGAAGCAGAUCGCGUCACAACACAAUACAUUUCGAAUCGUCCAAAACACGACGCAGGUACUGGCAACACUGAUCCUUAUGGCAGAUUCGGCAUUUUUGUGGUGGUCAUACUGCUGACGCCUGUGCGACCUGCGGAAUCGAAAAACUAGUUUGUUUUUGUAAAUCUAUUUUCUACAAUAAAUGUAUUCUGUUUGAUGCUAUUUCAAAGCUUGAGUUGAGUGUUUAGUACAGAUCAAUAUUAAUUAAACAAUAAUUGGUAUUUAAACUAGUCGUACAUGCAAGACAAGAUGUUAGGUUCCGGGGACUCGGGCGAAGACAACGGCGGCUUCAUCGUGAAAUUACGUGGAUUACCUUUCUCCACAACCGUGGAUGAUGUCCUCGAUUUCUUGACUGGUGUCAAUAUUAUCAAUGGAAAAGAUGGCGUACAUCUAACAGAGAUACGACCUGGUAGGCCGUCUGGAGAGUGUUUCGUGGAGGUGGAGGGUCAGGAAGAUGUAGACGAGGCACUCAAGAAGGAUAAGGAGAAUAUGGGCAAGAGAUACAUUGAAGUCUUUUCAACGGACCGCCAAGAUAUGGAAUGGGCAUUGAAUGCCAUGCGCCAAAGUGAGAAUGGCUUUGACAGUCUUCCAAAUGUAACCGAUGAUAUGGGAAUAGUCAAACUAAGAGGUCUCCCCUUUGGCUGUUCUAAAGAAGAGAUUGUCCAAUUCUUCGAUGGGCUGAGCGUCGGACCCGAGGGUGUUCACUUGCUCUCGGACCACACGGGGCGGGCUUCGGGAGAGGCGUUCGUACACUUCAAUGAGAAGGGGCACGCACAGGAAGCUCUCAACAGGGACAGGGAGAAAAUAGGACACAGGUACAUAGAGGUGUUCCUGAGUAGCGCGGACGAGGUGCGAUCCUACGGGGCGCGUAUGGACGGCGGUUUCAGACCGAACCGCGGCUACCGGCCCACGCCCUACGACAGAAACGAUAGAUUCUCCGGCCGCUUCUCGAGGGGACGCGGGUCCUUUGGAAGGGGCGGCGGCUUGGGUCGCGGCGGCGGCCUGAGGGGGCGGGGCUCUCACUGCGUGCACAUGCGAGGGUUGCCGUUCAAAGCGACGCCGCAAGAUGUCGCUUACUUUUUCAAGCCGAUCCGUCCGUCGAAUAUAAACAUAUUGUACGACAACAGCGGCCGGCCGUCGGGCGAGGCAGACGUUGAGUUCGAAUGCCACGAAGAUGCCAUGAGGGCGAUGCGUCGCGACAAGAACCAUAUGGACCACCGCUACAUCGAGCUAUUCCUCAACUCCUCACCAACUGGGGGAUUCAAACAGAACCGCAACUUCCGUUCGUAUUACUGAUGGCGUUGAGACGAGAAUA